GUGCUGUAAAAACCAAAGAAGAAGAAGUAGUAUUUGUUAUCGGAUAUGGGUUUCUCUUUAUUUUCCUUAUCUAUCUUUUCCUCCGAUACGCAAUGUCCACCAAUUGGCGGAGCGAUUAUACUUCUUUUUUUUUAAAUCAACUGGUCUGUAUGCCAAAAUAUAACAUAGGUCAUAAACAUUUGCCUGUGGAGGGCAGCAUUACACGUCCCAGUGUACAGCCUGCCGGAAUUCUAUUCGACGAAGAAGAAACAGUGUUUGGAAAAUGGCGCGUGCUUCGAAGGAAGAAGAGCUAGCUCGACAUGUUUACACUGAACUACAGGCGGUAUCCUGCCCCCUGGUGGAGGAUCUGUUCCUGCAGGAGACAGACAGCAUGCUGCAGCUGCUGUGUUCUCCAUCUCAGCACCGCACAGACAUCCUGGCCUGGAUCUGCAGCAGUAUCAACCCAAACUUUGGAAACUCAAAGGCGAGGUCAGUGAGGUCCAAAGAUCCAGAGGUUCUGACUAAAGAUAUAGCUUUGCUGGGACAGGAGCUGAUGCUGUGCAGAGCAGGCGACCUGGACCUCAUCAGAGGUGACGCUCGUCCUCUCAGGCAGCUUCAGUUUCUGGAGCAGCUCUUGAUUUCAGUCCCGGGCUGCACAAAGCCUGCAGGGGAGAGAACUGAAGCAGAGACCUUUCUGAACGAGAUCUUCUCUGCAGAGAAUCUGCCACUCCUCACACAGAUACUCGAACCCUCGUUCAACCCCUGGCCCUCGCACAAGAAGACUUUACGAAAGAAACCCAAGUCAUCUUCUAAAGUGAACAGAGAAGAAGCCACUGAUGUUUCCGUCUUCUUCCAGCAGACUCAGUCCGCCCUGGAGCAGCUAAAGUCAGAGUGUGACUUCCUGAACGAUGAAGCUCAGAGUCCUGCCGUCUUCUCUCCGAGCUCCCUGCGAGUAGCAGCAUGUGACCUCCAGCAACUGAUGUCCACGUUCAGCCACGUUUAUGAAUCAGACCUGAGAUCUUACUGCUGCAGAGACCCUCCAUCCUUCAGCUCAGAGACCGACAUCUUCCAGAGAGUCCACCAACUACUGUUGGCCUUCAUCACGGAGAUUGAAAUGAUAAAGGAAGUAUCAGAAGCUUCAGUCUCCAUGAGAACGGAAGUGAACCAGCAGCAAACUCAGCCUCGAUACUGGAGCCGAGGAGAGAAACGCACGUUAGAUCAUCAGUUGGGGGAGCUGAAAGGGCAGAUUAAAGACUUUACCUCUCUGCUUGCUCUGCAGCCAGCUGAUUAAGAUGAUGUGGAGGAGUCGGAUCUGUGGGGUUUUGGAUUCAUCAACGUUACGCAUCAUCAUGUCUGUCACAGAAAGUAUUUGUUUUACUGUUAAAAUGUGCAUACUGUGUUCCUUAAUAAAUGUAAAUGUUUGCUCUUCAGGUGUAAUCAA